AUGCCAGAUCUCGGCUUCGCACUUUGGGAGCGACGGCUCUGGAUCCUCGCUGCCGCUGUCGGAAAGGGGUUCACGGUUGAAGAAGCAGAAUCCAACUGCGACAAGGAUCUCAUCAAGACCAAGAGGGCCAGAUUUCGAGUCUUGAUGGGCGGGCGGAGCGCUCGGGGCAGACCGCCUCCGGAACAUCAUCAGGUGGAGAACUUGCCGUUCGUUCCCAAGACAACCGACUGGCUCGCAGAGGUUACUGCGCUGGUGGAUCGACAGCCUUGGCGUUCAAACUGGGUGUACCGACCGUUCGAUCACCCGUACAACACGACCUACGUGCCACGCAAUCGCGAGGCUCGGAUCUUCUGCCCCCGCGGUGUUGAUGUCGCUAUGGCUAACCCAAUUGCCAGGGCGAUCACUGCCAACCCGUGCUUGCAACCCCCCGAGCUAAUCCCGGACUGA